AUGGCCCAAGAGAAGACACGCGACGACUCCGACAGCUCCUCGGGCUCCGUCGUUUCCCCCGCUGCCAAUGGCACCAACACCACCAAGAAGGAGAAGAAGAACAAGGACAAGUCCAGCAAGAAGCGCUCUCACCCUUCCGGCGAGAGGCGAUCCAGCGUCAGCAAGCCAGCGCGCGACCCAUCCGACAAGCCCACCGACGACUCUCCCUCCAAGAAGAAGAAGAGAAAGACCUCUGCAUCUACCAUCGCCGCCGCCGUUCCCCCCACAAUCGCCGAAGAAGUCUCAUCCUCCACUUCCGUGACCCGCUCCCCUUCGCCCGUCAUUGACUUCGAUGGCCUAAGUCGCCCUUCGCGGGGCACGCGCGAGCGUCUGGAGGAGACCGAAGCCCAGAAGCAGGAGCGUUUGGACAAGAUGAAGGGCGCCGUCCGCACCCUUCUCGAAUGCCUCGGCGAAGACCCCGACCGUGAGGGUCUCCUCGCCACGCCCGAGCGUUACGCCAAGGCCAUGCUCGAUUUCACCCAGGGCUACCAGGAGAACGUGCGCGACAUCGUCAACGGGGCCAUCUUCCAGGAGGGCCAUAACGAAAUGGUGAUCGUCAAGGACAUUGAGGUCUUUAGCAUGUGCGAGCACCACUUGGUGCCCUUCACGGGCAAGAUGCAUAUCGGCUACAUCCCCAGCAACGCCGUAAUUGGAAUUAGCAAGCUGCCUCGCAUUGCCGACCUGUUCGCGCGCAGACUGCAGAUCCAGGAGCGCUUGACCAAGGAGGUGGCCAAUGCUAUCAUGGAGAUCCUCAAGCCCCAGGGUGUCGCGGUUGUCAUGGAGAGCAGCCACUUGUGCAUGGUUAUGAGAGGUGUCAAGAAGACCACGAGCAGUACCAUUACCAGCUGCGUGUUGGGCUGCUUUGAGUCGAGGGAGAAGACGAGGAGCGAGUUCUUGAGCUUGAUUGGUGUUAACCGUUGA